AUGGGUCUCGUCGUCUCCGCCACCGCCUCCUGCAGCGACCUCCUCGGCCGACGCCGCUCCACAUCUCCGCCUCCGCCUCCGCCGAUCCCGGCCCGUGCGGCUAGUAGCACCCAACAACCCAACGACGGCACCACGCCGGAGCCGGAGCUCGUCCGCGUGUUCCGCCACUUCGACGCGGACGGCGACGGCCGCAUCUCGGCGGACGAGAUGCGCGACUCCUGCGGCUGCACGGCCGCCGAGGCCGAGGAGAUGGUCGCGGCCGCGGACCGCGACGGGGACGGCUUCAUCAGCCUCCAGGAGCUCGCGGCGCUGUUCGAGGACGGGGACCAGUCCGACGCGCUGCGCGCCGCGUUCGCCGAGUACGACGAGGACGGCGACGGCGUGAUCACGGCCGAGGAGCUGCGCCGCGCGCUGCGGAGGCUGGGCCUCUGCGGGGAGGAGAUGACGGCCGAGCGGUGCGCGGAGAUCGUGGCGGCGGUGGACCGCAACGGCGACGGGGUCAUCUCUUUCGACGAGUUCAAGGCCAUGAUGGCCACGGAGCCGGCGGCGUGAGCCAGACGCGCCGCC